GAUCAGCCCAAUCUGUGCGACAGUAAGUGCACAGUCAACCAAAGCAUCAUAGAUUACUACACAACACAAUUCACACUAGAUAUUCUCUUUUUAUUGCCUUUGUUUUGUUUUUUUAUUCGGUUUCUUCUUACAUGCGCGACAUUCAUUCGCAGUGGGGGUCCCAGCGUUUUUAAAUAAACCCCCCAGAAGGUUUAUUCCCGGUUAUUACCGCUUCGUUCCGUUUCAGAGUGUGGAUGAAGAGGAAGAAAUUGUGAAUUCACCGAUUCUCACACAUUUCCCUGGUAUUGGAUUACACAAAAGGCGGUGCGGGAUCCGAUCAUCCGCCGUUCUCUUGGUACCAGGGAGCAGCACGUGACCCCGGAGAUGAACAAGCUUCGUCAAAGCCUCCGGAGGAAGAAGCCGACCUACGUGCCCGAGGCCAGCCGGCCGCACCAGUGGCAGGCGGACGAGGAGGCUGUGCGUAAGGGAAAAUGCAACUUCGCUGUGCGGUACCUGGGGUUGGUGGAGGUGGAGGAGUCCAGAGGGAUGCAUGUGUGCGAGGAGGCUGUGAAGAAGCUAAAAGAUAGCGGGAAGAAGACGGUGAAGGCGGUGCUGUGGGUGUCGGCUGACGGGCUCAGGGUGGUGGAUGACAAGACGAAGGACCUUAUCGUGGACCAGACCAUAGAGAAGGUGUCCUUCUGCGCCCCGGACCGUAACUACGACAAGGCCUUCUCCUACAUCUGCCGCGACGGCACCACCCGGCGCUGGAUCUGCCACUGCUUCAUGGCCCUCAAGGACUCAGGGGAGAGGCUGAGCCACGCCGUGGGCUGUGCCUUCGCCGCAUGCCUGGAGAGGAAGCAGCGGCGGGAGAAGGAGUGCGGCGUCACGGCCUCCUUCGACGCCAGCCGCACCUCCUUCGUGCGCGAGGGCUCGUUCCGUGUCGCGUCCUCCUCCUCCUCCGCCUCCUCUGGCCAGCAGGGCGGCGGCAGCGGCACCGCUGAGCGAGAAGACAUCAUGAAGCUGCAGGAAAAGAAGAAAGAAAUGCCCAGUGCCGUCCCGGCCCUGCCUCCCGGCGCGGCCUCCCCCCCCGAGGGCACAGCGUCCCCCCUGGAGCCCGGCGGGCCGCACGCCAUCCCCCGGCGCCACGCGCCCAUUGAGCAGCUGGUGCGGCAGGGCUCCUUCAGGGGCUUCCCGGCGCUCAGCCAGAAGAACUCGCCCUUCAAGAGGCAGUUGUCCCUGAGGCUCAACGACCUGCCCUCCACGCUGCAGCGCAGGACCGACUUCGAAACCCCCGGAGAACUAGAGAUGGACCUGGGUUUGUCUGAUGAGCCCGACUGCAUCAACGCCCUCUGCAGCCAGAUCAACGCCUCCUUCACCAAGCCCCCAGACGAGUACUUCACCCUUCCCGUCAGCUCCUCCAACGGGCUCCCGGCCUGCACCGGGCCCCCCGCCCUGCCCCCCCCACCUGCACCGGUGCAAGCCACCUCUUCCUGGGUGCAGGCAGACCCUCCGCUCCACUCUCCUCCCACCGUUUCCAUGGCGAUGCAGAUGCACAGCGGACACAGGCGCACGCCGUCCGAGGCCGAGCGGUGGCUUGAAGAGGUCGCCAAGGCCGUCCAUGCACAGCAACAGACCCCUCCCCCUUCAUCUAUGGCCCCGCCCUCGGCCCCCAUCUUCCCCACCAUCCCCGGCCCGCCCACCAUGUCCAGUCAGUCCAUCUCCAGUCAGGUCGCCAAGUCGUCCGGCCCGGUGUCCUCCGUCUCCAUGUCCCACGGCGGCAUGGCCAAUCCCCUGAUGUCCGUCUCAGGACCCUCCCCCAUGCCCCUCCCACCCAUGUCCCUAUCCUCCAUCCCGCUGAUCCCGGGUCCUCCCAUGUCCGGCCCCCCCAUGUCCCUCCCCUCCAUGUCCAUCCCCACCAUGUCCGGCCCCAGCAUGUCCGGGGCCCCCAUGAUGCAGCCCUCCCUCCCCGGGCCCCCAGGGGGCCCCCUCUCGGGCUCCAUGCAGCCCUUCCCGCUGGGCUUCGACCCGGCCCCGGCCCCGGCCCCGGGGGGAAUGUUCUCCGCCCAGCCCGUGCAGCCGGCCUUCGUGCCCAUGCAGAGCUACAUGCCGGGCCUGGCAAGCAGCAUGACCUACCCCAGCGUGCCCGUGGUGGGCAUCACGCCGUCCCAGAUGGUGGCCAAUGUCUUCUGCACAGCCGCUGGCUCGUCAGGCGGCCCCAUGGGCUCGCUGGGCGGGGGGGCCAAGGUGGGCUCGCUCGGAGUGGCGGUCGGCCAUCACCACUCUUACACCGGGGGGCCGGGCGCCAUCGUACACGCUGUGGGCUAUUCCACGCCCACGUUCCCCUCCGGCCAACCACUGCCCGCCAUGGUGAACGGGCUGCCCGGGCACGGCGCCGCCCCCACCGGCAUGGGCCUGCUGAACGGCAACGCCAACGGCGGCGGGAACGGCCGAGGCGGAGGCAGCGUCUGGCCCCCGGAGGGGAGCCAGCUCACCGCCCCACCUGGCCGCGUGGUUUCCCAGGAGGCAGACCGCUUCGAGGCCAAAUGGGCGGCGCUGGAGAGCAGGCCCGCGGUGGCGGGCAAGGCAGCGGCGGCGGCGGCGGCCAACCCCUUCUCCAACGAUUUGCAGAAGACAUUUGAGAUCGAGCUCUGAUAUGGAGACACAAGCCUUAGCGCUAUUAGCCGUAGCGCUGGCAGUCCCCGGAGUCAACCGAGCGGUAGUUCUGGCGCUUUCUCAUGAAGCAGGAUGCAACCACCCCAUCCCCCAUCCACCGUUCUAGCCUAGCCUCCGUCCCACGAUAGCCUAGCCACUCGCUAACGCCUCUCUCCGAGGAGUGGAUGGGGUUUAUUCAUCGGAUCGCUUACAUGACCCUCAACGGAUGGCUGAGGCAGCGGCAGAGGAAGUGGGCAGGUUGCUUAGCGCCUGGAUCCCGGGACCGGGCGCUCGUCGGCUGAACCUGUCCACCGCCUCUCGGCGUUGGCUCGUGUCCGCAGUGCUCACCGCCGCCACGCUCCUACUGGUCCACGCCGCUCAGAUUUAACCGACAUCCCCCACUAAAGGCUGCAGGCCGCGGGCAGCGUGUAUAGACCCAGGACAUUGGGGACGCCACCUGGUACAUUCCUGUCCAUUACCUGUCUUCGCCAUUUUCUUUCUUUCUUUUUUUUCCUUCCUUCCUGUGUGGGGUAGGGCGUUCUGUAAGCUAGCAGACAGGCCUUUAUCUGCCGUGGCCACGGGGCAGGACGAACGGAGGGGCAGAGAUGGAAGGACUGUCAGCUGAAGAGAUUAAUGGAGAUUUAAACCAAGCACAGCCCAGCGGGCCGCUGAGCGCAGAAGAACCGGCCAAUGGGACGCAGUUGACCCAACAGGAGAGGAUGAAAUCACUUAUAGUGGAAGAGAUCGAUGGCCAAAAGGAUUUUAUUAUUUAUUGAAUUUUAUAGUUAUUAUUAUUAUUAUUAUUAUUAUUAUUUUGAAUUGUAACACGUUAUAGUUAUAUCUCAAGUAUCACUUUUCUAAACAGUGUGAGAGGGGCAGCCUGUUUUAUUAAUUGUUCAUUUCUCUCCAUGUAUUUAUUUAGUUUAACUUUAAAGGACGGGAAACAAAUGAGUAGACAGACAAUGGAUGUGAUUGGGGGGGGGGGGGGGACGACAACGACAUAAGACAUGAUUCCCACAGGAACCGUGAACGGAACCAGAUUGCCAAUGAUAACAGGCCAGUAUACCACCGCCUGGCGUUGUGUCACCACACACACACACACACAAGAUGUGGAGAGUGUAAAUAGAAGCAUGCUUUAUGGCCCAAUAGCUGUCAUGUUAUUCCACUGCAUCCAGAAACAGGUCAGUCCCCCCCAAUGUUCCCCAGGCUAUACAUGGAACCAGAACACAAUACAAACACCACCGCAAGACCCACUGGGAUUGGGUGGGAACACUCCAGACGCCUGGAGAGAUACAAACUCAGUGACUCUCUUU